CUUCCCGCGUCGGCCACCUCCGCUUCACAUUCACAAACACCUCAACGCCCUACAUCCUCCUCGAGCUCACCCGCCCCUCCGUCCUCGGCUCAUCUGAUCCCUCAAACGCGACCUACCCCUCCGGCUCCGUCAGCAUCUCCCCCUCCGCGCGUGAGAUCUGCGGGACGAACACCGAGCGGCAGGACUUUAUAAUCGGGCCCAACGCAGCGCCCUCUUUCGCCGCGUAUAUAUGCGCGCGGUUUGAUAGGCCGUUCAGCGAGUUUGGGACGGUGCAGAACGAUACGAACCGCGCGAGGGAGCGCGAGCGGAAUGGGACGUUGCUCAGCGGGUACGCGGUGUUUGACGAUGAUACGACCACGGUGGACGUGCGCGUGGGCGUGUCGUUUAUAUCUGUCGAGCAGGCGCGGAGGAACUUGGAUAGCGAGAUCCCGGACGGGACGAGCUUGGAGGAGACGGCACGGGGGACGAGGGAGGGGUGGGCGGAGAAGCUCGAUAGGUUCGUGGUUGAGGGUGCGAGCGAGGAGCAGCGGGAGGUGUUUUAUACGGGGCUGUUUCAUGCGCUUCAGUAUCCCUACGAGCAAAGUGAAGAUGGCAAAUACUACUCCGGAUAUGACGAUUCAGUUCAUGAGGGAGAGUCCUAUACUGGAUACUCGAUCUGGGACACGUUCAGAGCUGCAUGGGCUCUCCAGAUCCUCCUAGCGCCCGAACGUAUACCGGGGAUGGUACAGAGUAUGUUGCAGGACUAUCAAGAGGGCGGAUGGUUGCCUAUGUGGAAGAACAUCGUCGAAACCAACAUCAUGGUCGGAACACACGCGGACUCGCUCAUCGCCGAAACAAUCGCGAAGAACAUCACCGGGUUCAACACUACACUUGCCUAUGAAGCCGUGUACAAGGACGCGACGGUCCCUCCUGCGAACGAUUCUAGUAUCCAGUACUCUGAUCGGCAGGAGAACGUGGGGUACGAAGUCCGCGCUGGGUUGAGCACUGUAUACGAGGAACAAGGCUUCGUUGCGAAUGAUAUACACUCCGAAGCCGGCUCGAGAACGUUAGAUUACGCCUACGACGACUACGCCGUAUCCCUCAUCGCCUCGCACCUCAACCUCACCGCCGACGCGUCCUUCUUCCUCAACCGCUCAAUGACAGCACCGUUCACGAUCUUCAACAACGCGACGGGCUUCAUGGAGGCGCGUAAUGCGAGCGGCGCGUGGGCGGGGCAGGGCGCGGGGUGGACGGAGGGCGAUAUGUGGGCGUACUCGUUCGACGUUGUGCAUGCUGUUGAUGAGCUGAUUGAGAGGCGGGGUGGGAGGAGGGGGUUUGUGAGGAGUUUGGAUGAGCAUUUUGAUGGAGGGCAUAACGAUCAUACGAACGAACCGUCGCACCAUAUACCCUACCUCUACGCAUUGGCCGAUGCUGCGUCUACGGGUCAGGAACGCAUACGAAACAUAUCCAUUGUGAACUACAACAACACCGCUCGAGGACUCUCCGGCAACGAGGACUGCGGCCAGAUGAGCGCAUGGUACAUCUUCAGCGCGCUCGGGUUCUACCCCGUGAACCCGGCGUCUGCAGAGUACGUCGUUGGAACGCCGUUCUUCGACAAGAUCACAGUCCACCUUCCGAACGCGCCGCGUCCACUCGUCAUCUCAGCACGGGGCGCUGCUACCAAGCCGUAUAUCAAGUCGUUAACCAUCGAUGGCGAGGCUGUCGAGACUCCGGUCAUACGACAUGAGCAGAUCGCUCGGGGUGCUGAGCUUGUGUUCGAGAUGAGCGCGACGCCGCAGGCGUGGGCUUCUUCGACGUUGAGCAACAGGACAGGAGAAGUCUAG